CAUCACGCUCAACGUAUAAAAGCUCCAAAUUCAUUUCUCCCAACACUGACACGUUCUCUCCCCCCGCCCCCAGCGCCCCCAAUCUUUCUAUUCCGAAGGGACGCUUCCUUCUUUCUCUUUCAAUUUCCAAGAAAAUGGCGGUGCCAGAAUCAGUACUGGAUUCAAUGAAAGAAACCCUAGCUUGCGUCGACGAUCUCGAAACAAAUCUCCUCAACUUCCUGUCGGCGGCGGAGCCUGACGUCCUCGCCGCUCUCCCGCCGCUCGAACGGGCACGUGCUUACCUCGUGCUCUCCCAGUCCGCUUCUGCUCUCUUAGCGGUGAAACUGAGAUGCAGCGGACUCCGGCCAGAUGAUCAUCCUAUCAAGACGGAGAUUGAGAGGUUGAGCUUGUGCGAGGGAAAAUUGGAGAACUUUAGUGACUGGAACAAAGCACCAUUGAGACCCUCAACUACUAUAAAUCGGCAGGCAGCAACCCGAUUCAUUGAGCAUUCUCUGCCUGAUUUAACACCAGGACAAAGGCAUAGUAUGAGGGAAAUUAGUAGACAAGAGGACACCAGGAGUAGAUUUAAUAACAAAAGAAAACACUCACCAUCUGAGAAACAGUCUGUCCGUGCUGCUGCACAGGAGUUUCUUGAGAAAGCAGCUCGUGAACUUCUUGGCUCUAAUGAUCAUGGGAUGAAGGGUCCUUUACGAAAUGAGAUAUCUGACAAAGACGACGGCGAACUUGUAGGCUGAUUAAUUACUCAUUGGUUCUUCAGGUACUUUACCAGUUGCCUGAAUUUAUUUUGGUUGCAUCUUGAAUCAAAGCAAUCGCAGUCUGUUUGCUUGCUUUAUUUGUCCUAUGAGACCCUUCAAGUGGCAAUCUGGAUUUUAAAUGUUAUUUACUAGUUGUUAAGAAUGUUGCUAAUCUCUUCGCGGGAAGCUUAAGCCCUUCAAAGAGGGAGUGUGUACAUUACUUGUUAUUCCUUGAGAAGGUAAAAGAAUGCAGACUAUAAGUAGGAGAUUUUGUAUGUAAU